UGGGGGAUGUUCCCGAUGGGCCCCACUCCCCAUGUGCCCUCCUUCCUGUCUCCACCAGCUCCUGCCUCUCAAUCAUUAGCUUCUCCCUCUCCCUCUCCCUCCCCCUCCCUCCAAACCCUAAAAACCUCCUCACUCUCUCUCCUCUCUUUCUCUCAGAGCUCGCGGACGACGACGAGCCACGCCCACACAGAAACCACUCAACCACUUUCCUCGUCUCCUCUCAGCUCAGCUCAGCUCAGCUCAGCUCAGCUCGAAGCUCGCAAUAGCGAACUGCCUUACCGCUCUUCAAGCUGCGGAGCGCUGCUGAAGAGAGAGAAAACGAACCUCGCGACGGAGGCGGAGUUUAGAGAGAGAGCCCGAGGGUUUGGUUUCGACAGCGCCAUGUCCAAUUCCGACGGAGGAAGCAACGCCGUCGCCAACGGGGCGAUCAUCGAUCCGCAGAGGCAGCCGCACCAGCAGGGGGCCAACGGCGCCCUCGCCGUUAAGAAGCCCCCGUCCAAGGACCGGCAUAGCAAGGUCGACGGCCGCGGCCGCCGGAUACGGAUGCCGAUCAUAUGCGCCGCCCGCGUCUUCCAGCUCACCCGCGAGCUCGGCCACAAGUCCGACGGCCAGACCAUCGAGUGGCUCCUCCGCCAGGCCGAACCCUCCAUCAUCGCCGCCACCGGGACCGGGACCACCCCCGCGAGCUUCUCCACCGUCUCCGCCUCCGUCCGCGGGGGCGGCGGCUCCAGCUCCGGCAGCCUUUCCUGUUCGAUUUCUAUGUCCCCCAACGCCUCGUCCUUGGAGCACAAGCCCUUGCUCGGGCCCACGCCGUUCAUCCUCGGGAAGCGCGUUAGGGCGGAUGACGACGGCGGAAACGGCAAGGAUGAGGUCUCCGUCGUGGGCCAAACCGUGGAGGCGAUGGUCGGUGCCGGCGGGGCCCCGGGCGGCUUCUGGGCGCUGCCGGCGCGGCCCGACUUCUGGAGCUUCGCGGCGGCGGCGGCGGCAGCGACGGCGCCGCCAGAGAUGGUGGUGCAGCAGGGCGGGUCGGUGUCGGUGUCGCAGCAGGCGCCAUCAUUCUUCUUGCAUCAGCAGCAGCAGGGGAUCGGGGAGGCGUCGGCAGCUCGGGUGGGGAAUUACAUCCCGGGCCACCUGAAUUUGCUCGCGUCCUUGUCAGGCGGGUCCGGAAAUUCGGGCCGGAGGGACGAUGACCAUCGCUGAUUCGGUGGGGGCGCCGGUGGUGGACGCACCCAGCAGUUGCUGCGUCGGUAUAUAUAUAAGUAUGUGCAAGUCCUGUUGUUUCUCAGUCAGUUCAGUGUGUGUGCGCGUGUUGUGUGAAGAUGGACAAGAAGGAAUUUAGGUGAAGCUUUAGGGGUUUAGGCUAUUAGUUCUUUGGGUGGAGGAAGAAGAAGUAGGAGUCCGCUCAAUGCAAGAUUCAACUUAGGGGUUUCUUUAGCUCUUUCUGGUGUAGCGUUUCUUAGGGUCAUUCUUAGGUUCUUCCUGGUGGGAUGUUUUCUUGGACAAGACACAGGACUUCGCGGAAAUUCGGGCUCUUGUUUGGAACUUCAAGGGCCUGUCGUUCGAGGAAAAAAAAUGGGAGGUAUUUGUGCAAAAUCCUAUGAAGUGUCCUGUGAUGAUGUGCCCAUAAAGGACAUCAGGUUGGUUGGUUAAUUCAACUUACUUUGCGCGAGGAUUAAGGCGGAUUCUUGCGCAAGUUGACACUGUUCUGUCACAUGUCUUGAAGACUAUGGCAUUGCAUGCCCAUGGCGGGGUAUGUUCACUUUUUUUUAAGUCUAUAACUCCUCGAUUUGCUGCUCGUGGUGGGUGGGGGACCCAUUGCUUCAUAAUUCAGUGAGAAAGCUCCAAUUUGUUGCAUCUUUGCCUCAAAUUGCCAUGCUGAGUGAGCUGAGUUCUUGAGGUUCCUCGCGACAUUGUCCGGCUCUGUCUCUUUGAAUCGUGAAGAUGAAUGUGGGCGCUUCGGCUUCCAAUUCAGGAGCCUUCAGUCUCCGAGGAGAAUUCAGGAGAUUUCUGCUGGUUCAGCUUUGCGGUUGCUCUCUCGUCCAAUGCGCCUCGGAGAGGUGAUGGUACGAAACGAAGUUGUGAAAGAGGAGACUAUUAUCUCUCCGUAAGGCCUCUCUGCUUUUUCCGCUUUUGAUAAUUUUGUCUGUAAUUCUUAUGCAUCUCUGUAUUAGAUUCAUCAGCGUGGAAAAUAAUGUGCUUUUUCAUGUAUGUAACUGGAUUGUUUCUUCUGGGUGCUGCUUGUGUGAAUAAAAAGAAAAAAAAUGAAAAAGACCCAGUAAUCUUUCUCAGUUCA